UGCAACCUAUGUUAUCCUCUCCAAAUAUCAGAAAGUUUCAAAGAUGUGUAGAAUAAAUUAUGUUAUUGGUGAUCUGUUCACCGCUUCAAAUCACGAAUCGUUAGCGCACUGUGUUAGUCGAGAUUUGCGAAUGGGGAAGGGGAUCGCUGUAUUAUUCAAAAAUAAUUUUGGCUGCACGUCAGAAUUAAAAGAGCAGAGUGAGUUAUUGGAAAAGCUGGUGGGACAGUGUGCGGUCCUUAUACAGGGUCAACGUUUCAUAUACUAUCUGAUUACCAAGGAAAAAGCAAGCCAGAAACCRUCAUAUAACGAUCUCAGACAGAGUCUGGAAGAUAUGAAAUCUCACUGCGUUGAAAAUAACGUGAAAAGAAUAGCAAUGCCACGGUUUGUAGAAAAACUUCUACGGAUAAAUACCCUUAAUUCUUCUCUAUUUGAAUAAUUGAACGCAUUGUUUUAUUUCCUUCAGAAUUGGAUGCGGCUUGGAUCGU